CCUCUUCAACCACUACAACAAAAAAUAAUACUAAUAAAUAAUUAAAGAAAAAAAAAAAAACUUCACGCCGACACCACUUCUGCAACAACUCCUUUUUUUUGGUUGUUGUUGUUGGUGUUGCCCUUUUUCUCAUCCGACGCCGAGAAAGAUUUUCCUUCCCAAAAUCUAGCCAUCCAAACAGCCCAAAAAUCUCAGCUCAAUGAAAAGAAAUCACCUUCCUCACUACUCCGAUCACAAAUGGCCAUCGCCUCUUCUCCUGCUCGUCGCUUCCGCUCUCUUUCUGCUUCUGAUCUUCACCCUCACCCUCGGCCACGGAAGAUACUCCGAUUCCUCCAGCGCCGGCGACUUUUACACCGCCGAACUUGAUCUCCGCGGCGACGGAAACGCUCGCCUCGGCCUCCCGAAGCUCCCGCGGCUGGCGUACAUGGUGUCGGGUUCGAGAGGGGACGGCUCGCGCUUGAGGCGGAUUCUUCAGGCUGUUUACCAUCCGAGGAAUUACUAUCUCCUCCAUCUCGAUCUGGAAGCUUCCGACGACGAGAGGCUGGAGCUGGCGAAGUUCUUGAAGUCGGAGGAGAGCGUGAUCGGAGAGUUUGGGAAUGUGAUGGUGGUCGGGAAGGCCAAUCUCGUGACUCCCAAGGGUCCGACGAUGAUCGCUUCUACGCUCCAUGCGGUUGCGAUUUUGCUGAAGAAGGCCUCCGAUUGGGAUUGGUUCAUCAAUCUCAGUGCCUCCGAUUACCCUCUCAUGCCUCAAGAUGAUAUCUUGCAUAUUUUCUCAUACUUGCCAAGGGACUUGAACUUCCUCGAGCACACAAGUAAUAUCGGCUGGGAAGAGAAUCAAAGAGCACGACCUAUUAUUAUAGAUUCUGGCUUGUACCACUCAAAGAAAUCUGGAGUAUUUUGGGCCAAAGAGAGAAGGUCUACGCCCGCUUCUUUCAAGUUAUUCAUGGGAUCCUCAUGGGUGAUGCUGUCAAAACCAUUCCUUGAAUUCUGUGUUUGGGGAUGGGAUAACCUUCCCCGCACUCUCCUCAUGUACUACACGAACUUUCUGUCGUCCACCGAAGGAUACUUCCACACAGUCGCGUGCAACCACAGGGAUUACCAGAACACGACCGUUAAUCAUGACUUGCGUUACAUAAGGUGGGAUAAUCCUCCAAAGCAACAUCCAAUUUCUCUAACGUUGGAGCAUUUCAACGACAUGGUCCUAAGCGGCACUCCUUUCGCUCACACUUUUGCCAAGGAUGAUCCGGUUCUUGAUAAAAUAGACAAGGAGCUUUUGAGGAGACCAAGACACCAUUUUACUCCAGGAGGUUGGUGCGUAGGGAAGCCUGGUUCGCAUAAAGACCCGUGUUUGCUUCAUGGGAAUCCGAAUCUCGUCAAACCAACUCUAAACUCAAAGAGGCUGGAGAAACUCAUUGUGAAGCUUCUUGAUAAUGAAAAUUUCAGGGUUAAGCAGUGUAAAUAGUCUUUUUCUAUAAUUUUUUUUCUCCCUUUCCUCAUUUCCAAAUUGAUUUAAUUCAUUCAUUUUGUAAAAUUUUCAUCCCGCAGUAUGAGUUACAGCUUCACAUUCUAAAUUGUGGAAAGAAUUCUGUAGCAUAUGAGGGGGAAAAAAAGAGAAAAAGAAAAAUUUUCCCUUAACAAUUGUUUUUCUGAUUUUGAAUAGGACAUUUUGACAUCUGCAAAAGUCUAAAAUGUUGUAUUGUUGUUGAACAGUAAAUGUACGUAGUAGGUUUCAGGUUAUGUAAAUGACGUACAAGCAUAUG